UUUUGCUUUUUUCUCUCACAACAUAUCAUCCUUAUUCAUAUCUUUCUUCUACUUUUUCUUCUUCUUUCCCAAACACCAACAACUACACUACAUACACAUGGAGUUCACCACUGUGUUAUGCUUCCUUGUUUCUUUCAUAUCUAUUAUUCUCCUCAACUUACUCAUCAAAUCCUUCUCCUUCUUCUUCCCUUACAAAGUUAAUACACAAUUGCCACUUCCUCCCGGGACCAUGGGUUGGCCAUAUAUAGGAGAAACCUUCCAAAUGUAUUCUCAAGACCCAAAUCUUUUCUUUGCCACAAAAAUCAAGAGGUAUGGUUCUAUGUUUAAGUCACACAUUUUGGGUUAUCCUUGUGUGAUGAUUUCUAACCCGGAAGCAGCAAAGUUUGUGCUCAACAAAGCUCAACUCUUCAAACCAACAUUUCCUGAUAGCAAGCAGAGGAUGUUGGGGAAGCAAGCCAUUUUCUUUCAGCAAGGAGCAUACCAUGCUAACCUCAGAAGGCUUGUCCUUUGCACCUUCACCACCGAGGCCAUCAAAAAUAUAGUCUCUGAUAUUGAAUCCAUUGCCCAAAAUUGCCUCAAAUCAUGGGAAGGAAAGUUGAUCACCACUUUCCUCGAAAUGAAAACGUAUACCAUCAACGUGGCCCUGCUGUCAAUAUUCGGAAAAGAUGAAACUCUGAAUGCAGAGGUUCUGAAGCGAUGCUACUACACUCUUGAGAGAGGGUACAACUCAAUGCCCAUAAACCUUCCCGGAACACUUUUCCACAAGGCCAUGAAGGCAAGGAAAGAGCUUGCAGAUAUGGUGGCUCGAACAAUCUCAAAAAGGAGGAAGACGAAGCAAGAACACAAUGACUUGCUGGGGUCGUUCAUGAGUGAAAAAGCAGGACUCACUGAUGAACAGAUAACAGAUAACAUCAUUGGUGUUAUUUUUGCUGCUCGUGACACCACUGCCACAGUACUUACAUGGAUUGUUAAGUACCUUGGAGAAAACCCCAGUGUCUUAGAAGCAGCUACUGAAGAGCAUGAGUCCGUAUUAAGGUGCAAAGAAGAAAGUGGAGAAGAAAUGGGCCUGAAUUGGUCAGACACAAAAAAUAUGCCUGUGACAUCCAGAAUCAUACAGGAGACUCUAAGAAUAGCAUCAAUUUUGUCUUUUACCUUCAGAGAAGCUAUAGAAGAUGUUGAAUUUCAAGGGUAUCUCAUACCAAAAGGGUGGAAAGUAUUACCACUUUUUAGGAACAUCCACCACAGUCCUGACAACUUCAAAGAGCCAGAGAAGUUUGAUCCUUCAAGAUUUGAGGUGGCUCCAAAACCCAAUACUUUUAUGCCAUUUGGCAACGGGACCCAUGCAUGUCCUGGCAAUGAAAUAGCCAAGUUGGAGAUGUUGGUGCUUCUACAUCACCUGAUCACAAAGUACAGGUGGUCUACAGUUGGUGCAAAAAAUGGGAUUCAGUAUGGCCCCUUUGCUCUUCCACAAGAUGGAUUGCCCAUCACAUUAUAUCCAAAAAAAUAAAUUUCAUUCAAUAAAGAGUGGAGGCACACUAACCAUAGCUGGAAGCAACUUCUUCCAUAUGGAAAUAAUCGUUCUAAAUACAAUCCAAUUUAGACUACAGAAACUGAUGAAAGAGACCUUUAUAAAAAUAAUCCAUUCUUCUCUCUAAUUUUUUUUGAACAAAAGACAAUGGAAAAUGCUUAUUAUGGUAUGAUCAGAAAAAGAAAAGGACUCACUUGUAUUGUACAGGAGUAGGUCUCAGUAGGACUGUCAUUUUUUUUCUUAGAUUUACAGUUUUACUCUUUCAUCUUUAACUCAAGUAUUUGGAUUGAACAAUAAAUUCUCCAGUAUUUUCAUUA